GGCGAUGGAGAGCUGCAGCCGCAUUGUUGUGGGGGGAAGAGAGGCGAGCUAGCCUGCUAGCAUAGUGUCCAUACGGCCAGCCCAAUAACGACCGAAAACAGGCGCGUUAGCAUGGUCGAGCUGCUGUUAUCUUAAGCGUGUAACUCCGGCUUUUAAAUGCUUAUUUUUGGAUCCGGCAGACCGUUACGGAUAGCUCAUAUUACCAUCGGAAUACAACGGAAAGGCGGCUGGUGGACGAUAGCGCGGCUCGUGCACGGAUUAAACCUACUGCUGUUCAGUAGGCCACACCGCUGCUGCUUUUAGCUUGGCCGUACUUCCUUUAAAGCUUCUUUUAACGUCGACGGCGAAGUUCCUCUGAGGCAUUCAAAAUGAGGAAGAAGGUUCGACAUAAUCGUGUUGCCACCCCGCAGAGGCCUCCCUCACCCAUCAAACCCUCACGCAACCGCGAGACCUUGACAUACGCCGAGGCUCAGCGUAUGGUUGAGCUUGAGAUCGAUGGCCGUGUGCACCGGCUCAGCAUUUACGACAAACUGGAUGUCAUCGACAGCGAAGACCCUUUAGCUCAGGAGAUCAGCGAGUGCACCAGCAACAAGGAGAACACGGAGAAGCCGCAACAGGUCCUCGUGCGCUCCGUGCGGCUCAAAAACAACCAGCAGAAGAAGAGCGCCGCUUUGACAACUGUGCAGGGUUCGCCAGCUCAGGGCAGGCUACCGGAGCCAAAGAUCCGAACGGUUGAGUACAACCUCCCAGCGGUGCCGCGGAGGCCGUCGACGUACUACACCUACGUGGAAAAGACGCUAGACGAGCUCGACGAAGAGGUGGAAUACGACAUGGACGAGGAAGACUACGCGUGGCUCGAGCUGAUCAAUGAGAAGAGGAAGAGCGACGGUUACAGCCAGGUCUCUCAGAAUCUCUUUGAGUUCCUCAUGGACCGUUUCGAGAAGGAGUCAUUCUUCGAAAGCCAGGGCCAAGGAGAUCCGCAGCCACUUAUCGACGAGGACGCUGUUUGCUGCAUCUGCAUGGACGGCGAGUGUCAGAACAGUAACGCGAUUCUGUUCUGUGACAUGUGCAAUCUCGCAGUGCAUCAGGAGUGUUAUGGUGUCCCCCACAUCCCAGAGGGCCGCUGGCUUUGCCGCCACUGCUUAAAUUCUCCUUCCCAGCUCGCCGAGUGCAUAUUCUGUCCGAAUAAAGGUGGUGCGCUUAAGAGAACGGACGAUGAUCGAUGGGGGCACGUGGUCUGUGCCAUCUGGGUCCCGGAAGUCGGUUUCACCAAUACGGUUUUCAUCGAACCAAUUGACGGCGUGGCGAACAUUCCUCCAGCUCGCUGGAAACUCACCUGUUACCUGUGUAAGAAGAAAGGAGUGGGCGCCUGCAUUCAGUGCAGCAAGGCCAACUGUUACACGGCUUUCCACGUGAGCUGCGCUCAGAAAGCCGGUCUCUACAUGAAGAUGGAGCCCAUCAAAGAGGUCACUGAAUCAGGAGCCACUACGUUCUCUGUGAAGAAAACGGCGUACUGCUGCUCUCAUACCCCAAACGGUUGCGUGAGGAGACCUCUUACUAUAUACGAGGACUCCAAACCCAAGAACGGUUUAUGUCAGAAGGCCGCUCACAGGGAGAGAGCGAAAGGAUGCCAGAAGAAGAAGAACAAAAAGCCAGAAUCUGAGCCAGUCGCAGUGGUUCCUACGGUUUCCGGGCCUAGUAUUACGCCUAAAAGUUUCAACACAAUCCUCAAUCAAGUUUCUGUCCAGAAGAAAAAAGUGUUUGUGGAACGAGUUCUCAGUUACUGGAUGCUCAAGAGGCAGUCGAGGAAUGGCGUCCCGCUAAUAAGGCGCCUGCAGACUGCCAUACAGACGCAAAAAGAACCAGAAGAGGCACCAUAUGUCGAGGACCGUCAAGCUCUGACGGAGCAGUUAAAGGACUGGCAUCGUUUACGGCAUGACCUGGAGCGCGCUCGCUUACUGCUGGAGCUCAUCCGCAAGAGAGAGAAGCUAAAGAGAGAGGAGAUGAAGUUACAGCAGUCGGUUUUGGAGAUGCAACUCACUCCGUUUCCUGUCCUGCUGCGAGCAGUGCUGGAUCAGCUGCAGGAGAAAGACCAGGCUAAAAUCUUUGCCCAGCCUGUCAGCAUCAAAGAGGUUCCUGAUUAUCUGGACCACAUCAAGCACCCCAUGGACUUCUCUACAAUGAGAAAACGCAUUGACUCCCAUGGAUAUAAGAGCCUGGAUGAGUUUGAGGAUGACUUCAACCUCAUUAUCAACAACUGCAUGAAGUACAACGCCAAGGACACCUUUUUCUACCGCGCUGCUGUGCGUCUGCGAGAUCACGGUGGAGCGAUCCUCAGGAAGACACGGCGGGACACAGAACGGAUAGGUUUAGACUUCGCCAGUGGAAUGCACCUCGCUGAGCCUCCUAAGAUAGAGCCACCUCCAGCAUUUACCUGGGAUGAUGUUGACCGACUGUUAAACCCAGCCAAUCGUGCGCACAUGUCUAAGGAGGAACAGUUGAAAAAGCUGUUGGAGAUGCUGGAUUUAACCAGUGCCAUGAAGUCAUGUCCUUCCAGGAGCAAACGACUCAAGCUGCUCAAAAAGACCAUCGGUGAUGUGCGAAUGGAAAUGGGUCACAAAACGGAGCCUCCUUCAUUAGAGCAAAAUAAUCCCAAGGAAGAGGAAAAAGCGGCUCUUUUUGUACCACAAGCUACUGAGGAAGAAGGUGACAAGUCAUUACCUCCAAAACUUGAGCCUUCAGACUCUGUGCCACUCCUGAAAAACUCAGAAAGUCCCUGUGAACCUCCGACACUGAAACCCAUGGAGCCCAGCCCUGAAAAGUGCCCGAAAAAGGUCAAAUUUGACGGGGAGACGUUCUCUACCUCACUUCUAAACGGUCUCUCCCCUGACAUUCUGCCCUCUGAAAAUAACGUAAUGGUCGCUACCUCCACUCUCACCGAACCAGCGAAUAUGGUCAACCGGCGAACAGCUGUGCUGUUCCGAAAGUCAAAGAGUCCGCAGAAGCCGUCGAAACACAGUGAAUCCUCAAUUGACUGCCCUCAGCUGGGCACUAAGACGUUUUUGUCAGUGGUCAUCCCUCGGCUCGAAACCCUGCUCCAGCGCAGGAAGCGGACGCGCAGUGCAAGUGGGGAUAGUCAGGAUGAUGAGGAUGAGUGUCCGAUCAAACGUUUGGAUACUGGCUUGUCUAAUGGCUUUUCGGAGCCAAAGAAAGGGCUACCUGUGAAUCGACCGUCAGAGCCUCGCCGCCGCUGUGCUUCAGAGUCCAGCAUCUCUUCCAGUGGAAGCGGGAGCAUACAGGAAAACACGAGCGAUGUCAGUCACACAAAGAGCGGGAAAGGGAAGCUGGCGAUAACGAGACGAAACACGACGGAUGAUAAAAAGGAGUUGGUCAAUUGCGUGGAACCGGGGAACAUUUCCAAAGCCAACAAGCUGGCAGCAGAGAUUGACAGCAGCAAUAUUUGGAUGCCUGCUAACACUACACCACUAAAUCUGGAGCCCCUUAAACUAGUUUGGGCCAAACUUAGUGGAUAUCCUUCCUAUCCUGCCUUGAUCAUAGAUCCUCAGAUGCCUCGGCCGGGUUGCCAUCUCAAAGACGAGUACAUUCCCACCCCUCCACGGGACGUGCUCAGGGUCGGAGAGCUGAUGCAGUACAGGUCCAAGGAGAAACUCUUCCUCGUCCGCUUCUUCGACAGCAGACGCAACUGGCAAUGGCUUCCUAAAUCCAAGAUGGUACCGUUUGGAAUCGACAAGACCGUAGACAAAAGCAAAAUGUUGGAAGGCAGAACGUCAGGCAUCCGUAAAGCUGUGCAAAGCGCCUUCAACCGUGCCAUGAACCACUUGAGCCUUGUCCAGGACUUAGGCGCUGGAGAUCAACCCCCAUUCAUGGGGUGAUGUUGGAGGGUUUCAUCAAGCCCCACGUUUACCCGAUGCUAUGCUCCCGUAUCAAACUGGCCGUGUUUACCGAGCCCCUCCCUCCCAAUUCUGUUAGGAGCCGGCGAGCUUCUCAACUAACGAAUGUGAGAGCGCCUUCACUCUCCUGUAAUGUGCUGCAAGACUGCUGUGAACUCACACUGCCAUCUACUUUCCUUUACACUUCCAUCACCAUCCACGAUUCGCCUCGUGUUUAACUCUGGCUGUAAAUAACGUCAUCCUAAAUUAUCCGACACUAAUUUAUUAUUUUUUUGGUUUGUACCGCACACGACCUCCUGGAAGAUUUCUACUCCAAGGUAAUUUCUCAACCGCGCUGAGGUGCGAACCCAUCUGGUGCUACAUCACGUGCAAAGCCUUGAUUUUUCCAUACUAGAGACUUUUGGAAGGGGCUGACGCACUUACUGUAUCAAACUUUUGUUGUUAUUCUUUUUUUUAACGGUUAAGUUAUUGUAAUGUCAAUGCAAGCUUCUCCUCCUUGGCAUUAACAUGUUACCUACUUUUUUAUAUAAAAAUAUUCUUAUGGGACACAACUAAGUGAUGUUUGUAAAUAUUUAUAUAAAGCUAAGAAAUUAUAUACAUGUAAUACUUUAGAGUGGUUAAAAAAAAUUAAAAAAAAAAUAAAAAAAAAUCGGAGAAGAGAAAACAACAGUAGCGAUGAAAGCCAGAAGUGCAUCACACAUGCAAAACCAAAAAAUUUUGCUGCCCAGUUUUUUUUUUUUUUUUUUUUUCCUUCUUUUUUUGGAAUGUUUAUUCCCUUUUUUUUUCAUAUUCGUUUGUGUGAAUGUUUCAGGCAGGUAGUAUGAAAAAAAAAAAAAAAAAAAAAAAAUCCCCCAAUUUGUUGCUUUUUAUUUUACUGUGCUCUCGGGAACUGUAUUGUAGGUCUGAAUAAAGAUGUGCCUGUACAAAUGUGUUGUAUUAGGACAAAGAAAAGUAUGCAAAACUUUAUAUUCGGAGUAGGCAUAUUUUGGUGGAAGCUGUGUUUGCCUAUUUUUGCUUUGUGUGUGGGUGUUUUAAUCAUAGCCAUCUGUUGUGACUGUUUAACUGUGUCUCUCUCCAGUAUGGAUUCUGGGUAGCAUUCUGGGUUAAAAACACUUUUUUUUUUUUUUUUUUUUUUAAAUGAAUGUCUUGUAUUGACCGGUACUCUUGUUUCUUUUCUCUGGGAGGAUCACAUUAUAGCCAAUGAUAGUGAGUGCUGGCAAGAUCCAGUAUUUUUUAAGUACACUGAAAAUAAACACAAAAAAAUUACAAA